UUUGGCCGCGGCGAAGUCGUGAGGGGGGACAUGGCGGCCGCUAUGUGGUGAAGCUGCCUAGGAAACUGCGGCGGUGUACGUGGGCUCCGCGGCCUGGGAAAACUAUGAGAGCUCCGGGGAUUCCGUUCAUGACUAGGCCCGAGAGGAGGCUGUGGAGGACGCUUGGUGACAGCGGCGGAGCGCAGUGAAGGGGAAGCCUCGGUGUGUGUCAGGCUCCGGCUCACGGCUGAGCCUCCCCCCUCCUCCCGUACCCGUGUGUAACCGGCUGAGCGUGCCCGCUGGGCCUGGGGGAGCGAUGCUACGUGCGGGUAGACACCCGCUGGGCCUCGGACUCCUGGUCCUCCUGACUCUGGGGCGAGGACAGGCGGCUCCACUUCCGGAAACAGGUGCAGAUGUUACAAGCCGUGAUGUCCCUGUGUCCCUGGUGCUGCUGUCUGUCUGCAGUUUUGUUGCUUUGGUUCUGCUGCUUAUAAGCUGUAUAUCCUGCUGCAAAGAGAACGACAUAGAUUUCAAGGAGUUUGAAGAUCAUUUUGACGAUGAAAUUGACUUUACCCCUCCUGCUGAAGACACGCCAUCCAACCAGUCUCCUGCUGACGUUUUCACAUUAAUAGUCCCUACAGUCUCUUUGUCUGUUCCGACUCAGUUGCAGACUCCUCAAGAUGCGUCAAAGUUCCAGAUUGCCCGCCACAGCCUGAGCUACAUUCAGGAGAUUGCUAAUGGCUCGUUUGGCAAGGUACUGUUGGGCGAGAUCUUGAGAGACAACAGCGUGGCAAGAGUGAUUGUAAAAGAACUGCGAGCAAGUGCAAGUAGCAAGGAGCAGGAUCAGUUCAUUAAAAAUGGCGAGCCGUACAGCUACCUGCAUCAUCCGAAUAUUGUGCAGUGUGUUGGGCAGUGCCUGGAGACUUUGCCCUACCUCACGGUAUUUGAGAUAUGUGACUUGGGUGACCUGAAGACCUAUUUAAGUAACGAGAAGGGGAAACUGAAUGGAGACACCGAGAUCGUGCUGCUCCAGCGCAUGGCGUGUGAAAUUGCUGCCGGCCUGACCGUCAUGCACAAACACAAUUUUGUACACUGUGAUCUGGCCUUACGAAAUUGCUUUGUGACAUCUGACUUAACAGUAAAAAUAGGAGACUACGGUAUAGGAUUCAGUCGGUAUAAGGAAGACUACAUGGAUACCUCUGAAGAGAAGUUUGUCCCAGUAAGGUGGACAGCGCCAGAGUUGGUAACGUCAUAUCAAGAAAGAGUAAUAGUUGCAGAACAGACCCGUGCCAGCAAUAUCUGGUCUCUCGGUGUGACUCUCUGGGAGCUCUUUGAUGACUGUGCCACUCCUUAUGCUGAACUUUCAGACAAUGAAGUCUUAACUUAUGUUAUCAAAGAGAAAGAAGUUAAACUUCCUAAACCUCAACUUGAACAGCCAUAUGCAGACAGAUGGUUUGAAGUCUUGCAGUUCUGUUGGCUACCUCCAGACAAGAGACUGACGGCAGAAGAAGUGCACAGACUACUGACAUACCUCCGGAUGCAAAGCCAAAGGGAGACUGAAGUGGACUUUGAACAACGCUGGAAUUCUCUUAAACCAAACACGAACAAUCGGCAGCCUGCCGUGAAUAACUUGGCGUUUCCAAUCUUGGAUAACUUCAACGGCGAUGAAUUGGGCCGCGAACUGGACGAGGUUCUUACAGUGACUGAAACUAGCCAGGGGCUCAGCUUUGAGUACGUGUGGGAGGCAGCCAAAGAGGAUCAUUUUGAAGAGCACAGUCACUCAGACUCGGACACUGCAGUCAACUAUAAUAGCCUCUUCUUCCCUGUACCCGUAGAUGUUUUUCAGAAGUCCGUGUUGGAAUCUGAACAAGGCAAGCCGGAGCACCCUAGCAGAGAAGAUACCUUUCCUUUACCAGAGGUGCUUCCGGUUUUUGAUUCCCACAAUGCUUCUGUAGCUAACGAUUAUUACAUCCGCUUGGAAGAGCAAGGUGAAAGCAGGUUAGAUUUCGAUAGCCGCAGCGGUCACAAAGAACGGAAGAACGAAAAUCUACAGUUCAUUGCCCUUACUGAUCUUCGUUCUGCAGGAGCCAGUAAAAAUAACAAUUGCUCAUCAUCAGUAUCCAAUAAAUCAAGUAUUCCUGAAUACCUUCACGUUUCCAAUCGCCCAGAUUUUCCACUCCAGAAACCUGUAGACCAUGUUGAGCCAUCAGACAAUCGAUCCAUUGAUGUGUCUUUUUCUGACUUUACAAAAAAAAGUUACGGACGGGUUGAUCAUGAAUCGCCUGUGACUGAUUUUUCAAAAAAGGGGGGGCAGCAUCUUUUUGACACAAAUACUUUCCUCUUUGACAGUAUUUCGGAUACAAGUUUAGGCUUGGCUGAAUUGGAAGAACUCUCAGACAAUUUUUUCUUCUUGCAAGAGAAAAAUCUAUUGUCUGACCACCCCACUUCAUUGCAGGGUAAGGUUGGGUCAAAGAACAUUUUUGAAAAUACUAGUAAUUUGGACAUUGAGCUCACACUGGCAGAACUCGAUAAUUCCUUCCUAAACUUCUCAAGUGAAGUGUUGACAGGCAAACAGGAAAAUGCGCAAAUAACAGACUUAGAAAAAACAGGUUUUGCUGCCCAUGAGGAUUUUCUGAAAGAAUUAUAUAUGGACCCUCGACUUUCUGGAAAGGAACCUGAAAGCACAGCCGGAGGUGUCCUCUUAAAUCAACCUGAAGACGUCAAAAUUCAACCCGACGAAUCAAGACUUUCCAUAGCAGAUACGGAGAGUAUUGAUCUGUACAGAUCCUUUGGUCAUGUUAGCGCUGAUGAGGUCCAUGGUGAUGUCACACAUAAUGAUCAAGUCUGUCCUGAGCCUGUGCAUGAACUUUCCACAAUAGAUGCUUUGAAAUCUGGAGAACAUGUCAACGGCGAUCUUAAUAGAAGUCCACUUCUUGUAAAAACUUCUACUUCACUGGAUUCAACCAGUCAAGACAGCUUGUUAGAUGAUAGUGUAUCACACUGUUCGCAGUCCUUGGUACCAUCUGUCGGGACUCCUGACUCUUUAGACUCUUUGGAUGUUCAAAAUAUUUUAGAGGGCGACGAAUCGCACAAAUUCACACCAUCUGACAAACCUGCUGAUAGCGGCUACGAGACAGAGAACCUUGAGUCUCCAGAGUGGACCUCACACGCAAAUGGUUCGUCCAGCCAUUCUGUUGCCAAUUCAAAAGUGUCUUCUUUUGCAGCACCUGUCAUCAUAAUAUCAGAAGUAGACAUAAAUGAUGAAGAACUCGAUAUUAAACUGCCAAAAUCGAUCAAUGGCGGUCACAGUUCUUAUCGAGACUCCGCCUAUUUCUCUGACAACGAGUCAGAGUCGGAAAAGAAGCUCGAUGUGUCGGAAGUCAAAGCCAUCGAAAAUGACGACACGAGUUUACCAUCAGAGAACGAAGCACUGGAAGAGACGACUAGAAGCUUUCCUAGAAAGGUCCUGGUCCCGGAUGAGCGGGCUUUGAAUUCAGACUAUUCUGAGCACAUUUUACCAGUUCAAUCGGCUGAUGACAUCAUAUCAGAAAACGAAGAGGAGAUUGUAAAUCCUUUUGGUCCUUCUGAAGUAUUCUGCUCGGUGAACGCCAUCAAAGGGCUGCCAUUUUUGAGCCACAGUGAAGGACAGAAACUUAAAGAACCCGAUAUGGAGGGAAAAUACCUUGGAAAGCUUGAUGCUUCUGGCUUGAUUGACUUAUCGGAGGAUGGCAUGGACGCGGAUGAGGAGGAUGAAAACAGUGAUGAUUCGGAUGACGAUAUAAGAGCCUUUAACCUCCACAGCUUCAGCUCUGACAGUGAUGACGACACAGUUCAUCCAGUGCCUGUUGUGCACAUGGAAAGAGACGAUGGGAAAAACCUAAAAAGCCUCAUUAAAGCGCGCAAACCUGCGGCAGGCAAGCAGGAGCGGAGGAGCAGGAAAGCGGUUUCCUUUUUUGAUGAUGUUACCAUCUACCUAUUUGAUCAGGAAACCCCAACCAAAGAACUAGUAUCUCGAGCGGUGGACACCAGCAGUCAAAUGUCCAGUAACAGCAGUCCUAUCUCUCCAUCUGCUCCCGGAUAUAGAUUUACAAAUUCUGAAAGCUCUACUGAUGAAGAAGGUGGUGGUUUUGAAUGGGAUGACGACUUUACAUCUCCUGAUCCAGCUUUUAUCAGCAAACCAGCAACAAACCCAGCUGGCUCCAAGCUGUCUGUCAAUCCAUCGAAAUACUUCUCCCCUCCUCCACAGCCUCGGAGUCCUGAUGAGAGCUGGACGAAUGCACCUGCACCCUUUUAUUCAAGAUUCUCCAUUUCUCCAGCAAACCUAGCAAAUUUUUCUCUCACGCAUCUAACAGACUCUGACAUGGAGCAGGGUGGCAGCAGUGAAGAUGGCGAGAAAGACUGACUCUGUACCUGCUGAACUACUGCUAAAAACGCUUUAAGCGGAGGACGUACGUGCAAUGUUAUCUCUUUACAAGAGACUCGGGGACAUGUGCCGCAUGUAAAAUGUAAAAACUGUGUAAAUCACUAUUGUGCAACCCGAUUCAUCAUCUCCACUCCUCCAGCCAUGCUCGACGCCCCCUCCCCCCCGUACUACUGCCGUCAUAUAUGUAAACGCAGUUUCGGGACUGGGAACUCUACAUCUUUUUGUACCUGAAUAGUGUGUAAUUUGCAGGAUGUGUACAUACAGGUAUAUAAAUCUAUCUCCAGUGUCUGUGCUCAUGUGACGAUAAGUGCAUAAGUGACAAUGUGUCUCCCAUGACGUUUAAAACACAAUGUAUUGCUUAUUAUUGCACUGUAAUGUUUCUUGCCUAUCUAUAUCUGUACAGAAUUUUUUAAUUGUUAAGAGGAAAAAAAACACUGCUUGUUAUAAAUUUUAUCUGUAUGAAUGUGUUGAUAUUUGGUCUUUGCAUUGUACACUGUGUAAUAAGCUGCUGCCGGGACUCGACCUCCGUCUCUUGUAUGCUGUACUUUUUGUUUUCUUUUUUUCUUUUUGAACAGCAAUACUUCCUUCUUAGUUUCAGGUUUGGGAUCUCCUUUCCUCGUCUUAUAGGAAUAUGUCGUGUGUGGACACUCCGUGGCGUUUACUAAGCGGAUAGUGCAGUUUUAGCACCUGUAAUACCAGUACUAGUUCUAGGAACGGGCUGGAUCACAACAACCGCUAAUUCUGUUACUAGUGUCAUGAUUCUUGUUGCAUGCUGCAGAGUUUGACGUUUAACAGGUCAGGUCAGUGCUCCUGACAUGUCUGUUUUAGCAAAUACUGGUAUUAUCCCCAAAUGAACACUUCCAGAGCAUUUUUUUCUUAGAACUCAGUGUUGUGCCUCAUUUAUUCCUUUUGGAAGUGUGUAAAUAAUUUUUGACAACUGAGGUUUACUAUUCUCCCUGUCCAAAGGAGGCUCAUCCGUACCUACACUGACCCUGUGUUUGGACGUUGUCAUAUUUACUAGGGACUCCUAUCUUCAGGGGGAAUGGUUACGCCCAGUUGUCUAUUCUUCCCUCCUGAAAAUGAAUAGAGGAAUGGCUCAAUGCAGAGUAUUUAGGUGGUUGCACACCAAAUUUAUAUAUUUUUUUUUUUUUUUCUCAGGCGUUUUUCCAUAGACUUCUCCAUAAGGAAAUUUUUUUUUUUUUUUUAAAAAGGAAGUUAAAAUAGCUUGUUAAAAAGCUAAAUAGACACACCCAAACCUGAAUGAAAGCAUCCACCCAUACAAGAUCAUGUCAGGAUAGCUGACAAGGACUUUAUAAAUCUUCUAUUAUUCUCUAGGCCUAGUUCACAUGUUGCAAUUAUUGUGGCGUUUUGCAAUUUUUUUUCUUAAAUGCAAAAUUAGCAUGAGAAACAAAAGGAGCAAAGUGCAAAACCUUCAUUAUAAAACUGUUGCUCCACAACACUAACAAAGUUUUGGAAACUGGGUCCCUUUGUUAUAGAGAAAUGAAGUUGAGUGAGGGCACACGUACCAUAGAGACAGGCCAUGCAGUUGCCCACUCCUGUUGGGGAAUUGCAUCAUUAAAAGAGCCUUAAAGGGAUUGUGCAAGAAUGGGCAUCAUGUGACCAUUUGUCGUGAUGCAAGGGAAGCCAGUCACCGCUGAGGCCCGCGAUUGGCUGCUGCCGUGUCAAACCGGAUGUUGGCAGCGAGGGAGCCCAGCGGAGCAUCGCAGGCCGGGAGGAGAAGGAUCAGGGAGCCAGCGAUGGGACGCAGGCAAGUCUGGUCAAGUAGGAGAGUUUGACAAAACCCUCCCCCCAUUCUUGCACAACCCCUUUAAAUGCGACACAAACGCCAGGUGCCAGGACAGCUAAACCAGGGACCAUAAUGGAAGUCCCAUUUGCUAUGUAUACCACUGGAAUUGAGUUUAAUUUCCUCCUCUUCCCAUUUCGGCCACAUUCACACAGUUCACUAAGGUUGCUGCAAAUGUUUUCUGUGAUCCCGGGCUUUUUUUUUUUUUUUUUUUUCUCUGAUAAUCAUGUGGUUUAAUAAACUUGACUGACUUCUUCCAUGAUUGGAAUGGUCAUCUCUCUGCUGCUAUAGGGGGGCUACUAUUGUGAGCGAUGUUUUAUAUUUUUGGGUUUUUGUCUAAGCAUCUUGUGUAUUUUCUCUUUUGCUGCCCCUUCUGUCGGAGUGGAUCAUACUGCUGGUGUCAUUUGGAGUCUUUCUAUUUGUGAUAUAUUUUUGUGGUUUAAUUUAUGAUUAGUGCUGAUCAUGCUGGUCUUCUAGCAUCUGUGGUAUUAGACGUAGGGCUUUUUUUAGCAAAAUGUAUAAAUGCAACCCUUACAUGUUGCUCCGAGAUUUAUUUUUUUAUUUUUUUCAAAUCUGCUGUAUAGUGAGGUUGGUGGCAGUGGGAGAGAGUAGAACUUGUUCAGAUGAGCACUAUGAUUAAUAUAUGAAUAUAUUCCUGAGCAAACAUUGUCUCUUAUUGCAGUGUGAAUCAAAAAUGCAAUAACUUUGCAAAUAUUAAUUAAAACUCCCUACCGCCCUGUGUCUACAUCUCCUCUGCAGGCCUAGGUGUCUCAGUGGUAAUCUGAUCCUGUAGUCUUACUCUCAUCUGUCCCUUACUGCUUGCUAGCUAAGCAAAUGGAAAAAUAGGGGAAUAGAUGGGAGUGUAACAGCAGGGUCAGACUACAAAAGGCUUGUUUGUAGUCUGUAACCAUAGAUGCACGUAGGUCUGAAUAGGAGCUGUAGACUCAAAACGAGAAGAUUUAUUUAUUUGUUUCAUUUUAAAUUCUUUGGAGCAGUGAAUAAAGACAAGAUGUAUAUGUGCUGUUAUAGAGCAAACCAAAGUCUUAAGGCUUCCGUACACCUUAGGGUAUUGAGGCCAAGAACGGCAGGUUCUGUCAGAAGUCUACUAAGCAGGGAGCUCCUAACUCUUUUCCCCGACUAUCGGGCAAACUGAUAAUUUUCACUUGAUCCUGUUCUUCCGGGAGAGACGCUGCCGCUAGAAAUGUCCAGCAACAGCUUUCUCCCCUUUUAAAGACCCUUUCGGCUCAGCCGAAGGUGUAUGGGGGAACCAGGAUAGAUGGCUGCCAGCCGAAUGAUCACUGGCCUACAGCUACUGUAAGUGUAUGGCCGCUAGAACUGUCCAAUACGAGGAAAUCCUGUCCUGCUAUAUAUGGACUGUGCGUGCACCCACUAAAGAGGCAUGAUUUGGGGGUGGAGGGGAUGUUGGAGGUCUGCUUGGUGGCCCCUGUUUUACCCACCGCUAGGUCAUGGUGUUGUCCCAGGUUAUAAAUGUAGUGCAACGGUUUCUCUGACCAGUCCAACACCAUUAUGACGAUGACUGCUACUGUUUGUUUUGUGACUGCGUAAAUGUAAAGGAUAUUUAGCAAAUUAUAGCUGUGAAGAUAUUAAAGGAAUGCUAAAAAAUAUUCUGGCCUAUCUUCCCUUAGUCUAGGGCUGCAUUGUGACUGAUGAUGCAUGUCGGCCCAAGGUUGCAGUGUAAUGCUGCCUGUAUCGCAACUAAUGAGUAAAAUGGGGUACUUUGCGAUCCAACAGGUUUCGAUUCUCUUGCCACUGUUCUCUCAUUGGCAACUUGCAGGUUUAAACACGACCCCGUCACUGUCAUUAGUUGCAAUGCAGCUAGUCGGUGUGUAGACCUAGCCUCAACAUUCUUCUUUCCUUGGAGCCUAUUUGUCUGAUAAUACAAUUAAAACUGAGAAAUAUAUAAAGAAAUGUGGCAGAGCCAUGCCCCCUCAGCCCCUGACUGUCCGGUGUCUGGCUGAAAGACAACUGGCUGCAGCAGGAGCCUCUCGCCUGUCUGUAGUACGACAAAAAACUAUGAUUUACCUAAAAAUGAACUCUUUAAUCCCUGCAUUCUCAGUAGGUAGACUGACAACAGUACGGGCACCUAGGUUUCUUUACUUUCAUCAUUUUCUAGGUUUAGUGUUCUUUUAAUGUGAUUGUGAUUUCUUUUACCUUUUCCACAUAUGUACAAUGUAAAAUGCAAUAACAAAGCAAAAGUAGAAGAAAAUGUGUUUGCCCCCUUUUUAGAUUCUAUGUAUAUAUGGAUAAAUAUCUAAGAUAAGACUUCUCCGGGUAACGUAUACUGAAUUCUAUGUGUAUUGAAUUCUCUUUUUUUCCCCAUGUUGAUGGAAUAUAAUAUUUUGUCCCUGCGCCAGCAUAAACCAGAAUGCUGCUUCUUGUAGACGUCUUGCGAAAUCCUGUUUUGUGAGAUUGAUGUAAUGUUAAUAGUGAUACACUGCAAAAGCGCUCUGUUAAUUUUAUUUCUUUCCUCAGAAACAGUGCCACGCACGUCUGUUGGCUACUUCUGGUAUUGCAGCUUGGCCCCAUUCACGUAAAAACUGCUGAGCUGCAAUUCCAGUCACAGCCCAUGGACAAGAGGGGUGCUGUUUCUGGAGGAAUACCAAGCCGUGUUUUUCGUGUAUCUUAAAGAUGCCUGUACAGACAUAAGCUGGAAAGUACAUUUGCACUGACCAGAAGUGUCGGUAUAGGGUGCGCCAUUUAGCACGUGCAUACACCUCACACUUAUUUUGAGAGAUUGGUGUUUCCCUUUGAUAGGACAUCUGUCAGCAGUUUUGUACCUAUGACACUGUCUGACCUGUUAUAUGUGCACUUGGCAGCUGUAGACAUCUGUGUUGGUCUCAUGUCCAUAUGUGCCCGCAUUGCUGAG